UUUGGGAAGAAAAAAAUUAAAUGCGUUUGAUUGAAAUCAAUAGUUGCUAUAGUACUAAGUAGUUAGUAGGAGGAAGCAAACAAGCAUGGGUUCUGUUUUCACUUGUUCACUUACUUUUAAAGUCGCACUGCCAAACUCAUUACAGUUUCCAUGUUCUUUGUUUCAAAGGUUUGUCCGAUACUCUCUUCUUCAUAAUGAAACACUACAUAUGUAACGUAUAUACAAAAGCUCUUUAAGUGAUUAAAAUUGUUUGGAACAUGACCAUAUCCAUUAGUAAAUUAAGUUUUUCGUACUCAUACUAAGAUCAACUGAUGACAUCAAGUAAUAUGAACCUUGAGAGAUACUAAGAUCAACUGAUGACAUCAAGUAAUAUGAACUAUAAUAUAAAUUACACCAUAUUAAUUAAGCUUGAAAUCUACCUUUCGAAUCUAGAGCCACUUGUAAGGGAGAUAACAUACAUAAGAAGGCAAGUAAGAGUAUCAUGUUGUUUUUCUGGUGAGUCGUAGCAGAAUGUUUGGGUUUUAUUCAUAAAGAAAAAAUCUAUUUAAUAUUUAUUUUACUAUUAAAUUACAACUGGUCAGCUUUACUGUUACCAUAAAUGAGUCCACAGGUUCACUUAAUGAGGCUGAGGAUGAUGAAUCUUCAUAUCAGAGACAUAAAUGAAUAACCUCUCUUUUUUUUUUUAUCGUAGCGACUAGCGAGAACGAGAUAAAGACGGACAUGCAUGAUUUCCACAUAAUUACCUAAUUAUUUUUAAACAAUAUUAUUUAAGUUACAUGCUUGAUUUUAUUUGUUCUUUUAUGCAUCAUAGGCUUAUAGCUUAUAUAUAAAUUUUAUCCACUCUAAUUCUUUUUGCCCCUUUUAUCAAACGUCGCUAUUUAUAACAGUCGACAUAUUUGCUUUCCUUCAUAUUAUAUCCUCAUCAAACAAACAAAAAACAUUUUGACUAAAAUAGAAAAUGAAGAUCAAGGGAUUAAUAUUGGCUUCUUCUCUCCUGAUUAUUGCAUUCAUUCAUCAUUCGGAAUCAGCUUCAAUGCGGAGUUUGCUAAUGAAGAAUGGAACGUACGAAGAUGAAGAAGCACAAGUUCUAAAGUUCGACUCCACGGAGAUGAUCACUAACACUACAGCUGUGGAGUCAAAACGGAUAAUUCCCACGGGUCCAAAUCCACUUCACAACAGGUAACUUUGAUCAUUCGAGAACAAGAUAUGUUACGUGCAUGUUGUUCUUUUUGUUGUUGUUAUGAUCUAUGAUCGUAUUGUCUAAUGUAAUGAUGAAUGUAUGAUAUACAUUUUAUAAUUUACGUUAACUA